AUGCGUCAAAAAGGAUUGCCUUUGUCCAUUCUGUCUUUCAGCAUGGAAACUAGCAGUGUUACUCCAACAAAGCAGACUCAUGUGGCUAUUCUCACAAGUCCUGGCAUGGGCCACAUUAUUCCAAGCCUAGAACUAGAUAUUGCUGAUGAAUUUAAAAUGUCCAAGUAUAUGUUUUGUACAGCUAACAUGAGUGCAUACGCAUUCUUAGCUUAUUUGCCAAAGAUCAAGCGGGUCAAGAACAGUAACGAUUUGGUUCAAAGAGUUGUCUGGGGUGUUGCUGACACAUUUGAAGAUCUCGAACAAGAAACAUACCGAGCUCUGAUCGAUGAUGAGAUUGCCGAACUAAUACCCCCUCCAAGUGUAUAUCCAGUCGGGCCCAUAAUAAAGCCAACAGUAGGUACAUCCCAAAAUCAGGCCAUUCAUUGUUUGUCAUGGCUUGAUAAUCAACCAAAUGGUUCAGUGCUGUUUGUAUCAUUUGGAAGUGGUGGAAGUCUAUCUUCUGAACAGGUUACCGAGUUAGCAUUUGGGUUAGAAUUGAGUCAAAAGCGAUUCAUAUGGGUUGUGCGUAAUUCAAUUGAUUUUGUAUUGCCAUCAUCUUAUUAUUUGGAUGCUGGUAAUACAAAGGAAAUAGACCCGUCAGACUUUUUACCUGACGGGUUUCUGACACGUACUCACCAAGUUGGAUUGGUACUACCAAAUUGGGCACCACAAGUUGAAAUAUUGAGUCACGCUUCAGUGGGUUGUUUUUUAUCACAUUGCGGGUGGAAUUCAACAUUAGAAAGUAUCCUCAACGGCGUACCGAUGAUUCCGUGGCCAUUGUUUGCUGAUCAACACUUGAAUGCCACAUUUUUGUCAGAUGAUAUUAAGGUAGCUGCUAGAACCCAGAUUCCGCCGGGGAAGGAAGUAAUUCGUCGUGAAGAGAUAGAGAGAAUGAUUAGACUGGUCAUGGAAGAAGGUGACGAAGAAGGGCAAAAAUUGAGGAGAAGAGCUAAAGAACUUAAAACAAGUGCGUUGAGAGCUAUAAGCAUAGGUGGGUCUUCCUAUAAUUCACUUUGUCAACUUGUAGAGAAAUGGAAUACCGAGUCGGACUCAGUUCAACUUUAA